GAGCGGUGGGUCGCGGCGCGGCGCUGCGCUGGGCCGGGCCGGGCGGCGCGCGGAACAUGGUGGAUUAUCACGCAGCGGGGCAGCCCUAUCAGUACGGCGGCAACGGGCCCAGCUCGCUCGGCGGCAUCGGCGACUACAUGGCGCAGGAGGACGACUGGGACCGGGACCUGCUGCUCGACCCCGCCUGGGAGAAGCAGCAGCGCAAGACUUUUACGGCGUGGUGCAAUUCUCACCUGCGGAAAGCUGGCACGCAGAUCGAGAACAUAGAUGAAGAUUUCCGCGAUGGGCUCAAACUCAUGUUGCUCUUGGAGGUCAUUUCAGGAGAGCGAUUACCCAAACCAGAGCGAGGAAAAAUGAGAGUGCAUAAAAUCAACAAUGUGAAUAAAGCUCUAGACUUCAUCGCUAGCAAAGGAGUUAAGCUGGUCUCUAUAGGAGCUGAAGAGAUUGUAGAUGGCAAUGCAAAGAUGACAUUGGGCAUGAUCUGGACAAUUAUCCUUCGAUUUGCCAUUCAGGACAUUUCGGUGGAAGAGACCUCUGCCAAGGAAGGCCUGCUGCUGUGGUGUCAGAGGAAGACGGCGCCCUACAAGAACGUCAAUGUACAAAAUUUCCACAUCAGCUGGAAGGACGGUCUUGCUUUCAAUGCCUUGAUCCACAGACACAGACCAGAGCUCAUUGAAUACGACAAGCUCAGAAAGGACGAUCCUGUGACGAACCUGAACAACGCCUUUGAGGUGGCCGAGAAAUACCUGGACAUCCCCAAGAUGUUGGAUGCCGAGGAUAUUGUAGGCACUCUCAGGCCCGAUGAGAAGGCGAUCAUGACAUAUGUUUCCUGCUUCUACCAUGCUUUCUCGGGGGCUCAAAAGGCUGAGACAGCAGCUAACCGGAUUUGCAAAGUGCUGGCUGUGAACCAGGAGAACGAGCACCUGAUGGAGGACUACGAGAAACUGGCGUCUGAUCUGCUGGAGUGGAUUAAACGCACUAUCCCCUGGCUGGAGGACCGUGACCCACAGAAGACCAUUCAAGAGAUGCAGCAAAAACUGGAAGAUUUCCGUGACUACAGGCGCGUCCAUAAGCCUCCCAAAGUGCAGGAGAAGUGUCAGCUGGAGAUAAACUUCAACACCUUGCAGACUAAACUCCGGCUGAGCAACAGGCCUGCCUUCAUGCCCUCGGAGGGCAAGAUGGUCUCAGACAUUAAUAAUGGCUGGCAGCACUUGGAACAGGCGGAGAAAGGCUAUGAAGAAUGGCUGCUGAACGAGAUCAGGAGGCUAGAGCGACUGGACCACUUGGCUGAGAAGUUCAGACAGAAAGCCUCCAUCCACGAGUCCUGGACUGAAGGGAAAGAAGCCAUGCUGAGGCAGAAGGACUACGAAACCGCCACCCUGUCAGACAUCAAAGCCCUGAUCAGGAAGCACGAGGCCUUCGAGAGCGACCUGGCAGCUCACCAGGACCGCGUGGAGCAGAUCGCUGCCAUUGCACAGGAGCUCAAUGAGCUGGAUUACUACGACUCCCCCAGCGUGAACGCUCGGUGCCAGAAGAUCUGUGACCAGUGGGAUGCUCUGGGGUCCCUGACCCACAGUAGGAGAGAAGCCCUUGAGAAAACAGAGAAACAGCUGGAGACCAUCGACCAGCUGCACCUGGAAUACGCCAAGAGGGCAGCGCCGUUCAACAACUGGAUGGAGAGUGCCAUGGAAGAUCUCCAGGACAUGUUCAUCGUGCACACCAUAGAGGAGAUCGAGGGCCUGAUUGCAGCUCACGAUCAGUUCAAAUCCACCCUGCCGGAUGCAGACAAGGAGCGCGAGGCCAUCCUGGGCAUCCAGAACGAGGCUCAGCGGAUUGCGGACUACAACAACAUCAAGCUGUCUGGGAACAACCCGUACACUUCGGUUACCCCGCAGAUCAUCAACUCCAAGUGGGAAAGGGUUCAGCAGCUGGUGCCCAAGAGGGACCAUGCUCUGCAGGAUGAGCAGAGCAAGCAGCAGUCCAAUGAGCACUUGCGUCGGCAGUUUGCCAGCCAGGCCAACAUCGUUGGGCCCUGGAUACAGACCAAAAUGGAGGAAAUAGGGCGCAUCUCCAUCGAGAUGAAUGGCACGCUGGAGGACCAACUGAAUCACCUCAAGCAGUACGAGCAGAGCAUUGUGGACUACAAGCCCAACAUCGACCUGCUAGAGCAGCAGCACCAGCUCAUCCAGGAGGCACUGAUCUUCGAUAACAAGCACACCAACUACACCAUGGAGCAUAUUCGUGUUGGCUGGGAGCAGCUCCUCACCACCAUCGCCCGCACCAUCAACGAAGUGGAGAACCAGAUCCUAACCCGCGAUGCCAAGGGAAUCAGCCAGGAGCAGAUGCAGGAAUUCCGGGCCUCCUUUAACCACUUCGACAAGGACCAUGGCGGUACCCUGGGACCUGAGGAGUUCAAAGCCUGCCUCAUCAGCUUGGGAUACGAUGUGGAAAAUGACAGACAGGGAGACGCCGAGUUCAACCGGAUAAUGAGUGUUGUGGAUCCCAACAACAGCGGGAUUGUGACCUUCCAGGCCUUCAUCGACUUCAUGUCCCGAGAGACAACUGACACAGACACAGCUGACCAGGUCAUUGCCUCCUUCAAGGUCCUGGCCGGAGACAAGAACUACAUCACAGCGGAGGAGCUGAGGCGAGAGCUGCCCCCAGACCAAGCGGAGUACUGCAUCGCUCGCAUGGCACCAUACCAGGGUCCCGACGCCGUCUCCGGAGCCCUGGACUACAAGUCCUUCUCCACGGCACUGUACGGCGAGAGCGACCUGUGAGCUGGCGGCGGCGGCAGCAAGCGCUGGCGCUUUGACGGCAGGAGCGAAGGCCUGAUUCUCUGCUCUGCAUUUACACACACAAACUGUCCUGCAGUGGUAGGAUCGCCCCUCCUCGCCUCCAGAGGAUGGAAAGCCUCGUUCGCACUGGGGGAGCCUGGGAGUUAGCCUACAUUCCGGUUAUUAUUGCAUAUUAUAUGAACCAUGUACCUAUGCAAUGAUUUUUUUUUUCUCACUUUGCUCUGUUAAACAUGUUGGGAGGGCGGGCUUGAAAUGUUUUUUUUUUUUUUCUCACAUUUAAUUGCUUUGGGAUUUCUUGGCAAGGGGGGGAAAAGGGAGAGUCUGAAAACAUGCGAGUGGCUCUGGUUCAGAUGGUUAUUUUUGUUAAAUAUAUCCCGGUCUAUUUUUUCAACUGAGCUUAAAAAAAAAAAAAAAAAUCUGUCAACUGGUAUGUUUUUGAAAUUGAACCUUUUCCCUUUGUCUCUGUCUCUCUACCCUUUUAAUUUAUGCCACUGUGUAGCAGAAAUCCGAAGAGGUUUGUCUGUGUCAAUCACCCCAGCAAAAUCCAUCAAGGUUUCCUUUUCUUAAACCUGCCUCAAUCCAGAUCUCAUGCACCUCAAUCCAGUCUCUUCCUCUUCCCCUUAGUUUCAAUAGCAGUGAUGGUAUCUAGCAAAUCUCCAGUUACCUGGGCUAGGCAGUAUGUGGGAUGGGGUGACAUGAUGUAGCAUCCCUUUAACGUAGGUAUCGGCAAUGCCUUCCCUCCACUCCCAGACAGUGUGCAUGCAUGAAAAGCAGCUCUCUGCUGCUUCUUCAUGGUUAUUUCCUUUGUAAAACUAACUAGACUCCCAAGGGACUUCAGUUCCGUCUGAGUGCUGAUGUUGCGCCAUUGAUCCAGCCUGCAGAGGUGUCUGUGUUGGCGGCUAACACAGUACUAGUUGUCUAGUAGCCUCGGGCUUUUUGUGGUUUAAUCUUUGCUACUCACAAAAUUGUAACGUUCCCUUUUUAAAAAAUUCGGUGCUACCGUUUUUUGGACUUUGUGGGGAAGCGUUUUGAAUUGCUGUUACACAGACCAAAUUCUCUGAGAUCUGGAGGCAGAGAACUCUGUGCCUUUCCUAGGAAAUCUUGUGCGGUGGCUUUUAAUUAACCGGCAACAUUUAGCAAGAACAAAGCAAUAAGGUAUAGAGACAACCUACUUUAUCACUGAACUGUAAUCCUGUUUGCAUUGUACAUACUCAAGUGACCUCUGGCUGUCAGGUAGGCAGACCCUCAAGGGUUGGGGUUUUACAUUCUGAACAAGCAUGUGUGUGGGGGAGGGGGUUGGGGUGGUCCAAGUGGAGUCAUUUUGUAUUCACGUCACUCAACACUUGUCACAAAUCCACUGCAGUCAACUUCAUACCAAGCCAUAAAACUUCACUGUUAUCGCAGCCAUGUUGACCCAACUCUAUUGAAGGCUACUGCGACUUAGUGGAGGUUUUCCCAUUAGGGUGAGGCACAGAGCUGGUGUGGGCUUGCCAGUAGCUAUAUUUACACAUAAUGGAAAGUGCUUUUCCCCUUCCCGCGGUUUUCUGGCUCUUCGGGAUCCUUUAGCACACUGGAGUGAGCUGGAGACUUUGGGCAGAGGAGGAAAUGAUGACAGCAUUAGUUUUCAAAGCCGUUUAUAGAUCUACACACCCCUGCUGCUGUCUGCUAGCCCUUGGAUCUCAGCCACCCUCAGCCACGGAGUCAGUUGCUGCCGUCGGAUCCCCAUUGCACAUAUUAGCAAGAGGAUCCUGGGAAAAGGCAGCUAAGCACACUUGGCUGCAUGCAUGUCAGACACAGGCCUGCUAAACUAACCACGCUCUCAGUUCGCAGGGCUGGGACCCUCUCUGCCCCCUGUACACCAGCAGCCUUACCCGCCAAGUCGGAGGCCAGAGCUUUCCAGUCAGAGGGAGGGAAGCCAGGAACUCAAAGCAUAUAGGAAAUAAGGGUUUCAAAGGCUCUUAGCAUCGUCUUUGAAGAGCAGGAAUGCUAGCACCCCCAGUCUGUUCGGCUAUCAGAGCAAGCGCCCUCGCCAGUUCACUACUGGGGCAUCUCCUGACACGCUUUUUCACAACUAUCUUGGAGCAGGAUUUUCUGAGGACCAAAAAAAUCAACCUUUUUUUUAAAAUUAAAAAAAAUUCAUAGGGUUCCUAUUUACUUUAUUAACUUACGGAUUUAUUAUAUAAAUAUAUAUUCACCUAGCAUCGUAUAUUACAGUUUUUCUUUGUCAUGUAAUUAAAAUAUUGCUGAUUAUUGUAACAAUGGAAACUGUAACAUUCCAUGCCUUUGUCAUUCAUCCUCUCUCUCCCUCUCUCCCCCCCCCCCCCCCCCCCCCCUUGGCAUCGGAGAACGGUAGUCAUGGAAGCAUUUUAUUGUGUUCGCUACUGAAUGUCCUUCAACGGCUGGGGGGGGAUGCAAAUGUCCGCAGGUAGGAAGACAGCAAUAGGCAGUAGUCAGCUUUUAUCUGCCUCUGUUAUGUUCUAAAAAAGCUUUGAGGUUUCUGGGAAACCAGCCCUCCUCCCUCUUGGGACAGGACAAUAAAAUGUGUAAUAUUUUUAA